GGUCAUAGAAACUCCGUAACGGUAGUGAAGGCGAGGCGACAUAAUUUUCAUUAUAAAAAAAUCAUUCAUUUAAAAAUUUGAGGUUUUAAUUUCAAUCCUGAAAUCCACUCAUAUUUUUAUCAUAAUAUAUUUAUAGAUAUUUGUAGAAUAUUGAUGUUUUAAUUUAUGUAGUGUCGUGAAUCAUUUUGAAAAUGAAACCAUUUUCGGCUUUUAUGAAUGUUGAGAAUACUCGAUUCUACAUCGAUGACCUAUAUUCAUCUGAUCCAACAGUAUGCUUGGGUUCUAUAUUAUGUAUAAAAAACACCGUGAUUGGAUCAAAUCGGCAAAAAGAGAGUGUUAUAGCACAAGGAAUUGUUCCUCGUUUGAUGCAACUGCUGAGAGACAGCAAUGUUAGAAUUAACGUCAGGAUAGAAGCAGCUGUGACCCUUGGAUCCUUAGCAAAAGGAACUGAUGAUCACAUUGAAUUAUUACUGAAAUCUGGAGCAAUCCAACUGCUCCUUGACUUAUUGGAUGAAGAAAAUUCCAAGCUAGUGGACGCAUGCUUAUGCUGUUUAAGAACACUGUCGCAACAAGAUACUACUUCGUUGAAUAAAUAUACUCUGAAACGUUUACAAAAACUGCUAAGUUUUGCUGGUCUGAAAGAGAAUACUCUGAGGCAAGAAUGUGUUGCUACAAUCUUGGGUGCUGCAUGUAAAACUGUAACUGAACAGAACAACCUUUGUACAGCAGGAGCCCCCUUAAUAUUGGCUUCUCUCUUGACUGUUCCAAGUACUUCAGUACGAAUACCAGUUAUCACUUGUUUGGCGGCAAUGAGUUACAAUAACCCAUCAGUAGCUUUUCAAAUUGCGAACACUGAAUAUAAUGAUUCUAACAUACCCAAAUUGCUCUCUACUUUAAUAUGCAGAUACAGACCUAUUGAAAUGCAGUUGGAGGCAGCCAGAUGUUUGACUAAUUUACAUAGAGCGGGAGCUAUUCCUGCUAAUGAUCCUAUAAUUACGUAUAGGACAUUGUCUUGCUUAGUACAGCUCUGCCAAAUUGACAAUUUAGAACUACAUAGGGCAGUGGCUGCUGAUGCCUUGGCAUAUUUGACUGAAGUCGACAGUGAGCUACAGAAAAUAGCUGCUAUAAGUAAUCAACUGGUCGCUGCCAUGGUUGAUUUGUUGAAUUGCCAGAGUGUGGCUGCAAGACAGGCUGCAUUCAGGGUAUUUGCUUCCUUAGCUGCCAACGAUGAAGAUAUACGUAAAAGAAUAAUCGAUACUAAAUGCUUGAUGGAGAAAAUCAUGGAAGGGCUACAAGACGAAAAUAAAGACAUAAUUUUGGCUGCUGUGAGAUGUCUACAUUCCCUGAGUAGAUCUGUCCAACAACUCCGCACAACUUUUCAAGAUCAUUCUGUUUGGAAGCUUCUAAUGCCCAUCUUAAUCGAUUACUCCUCAACAGAACUUCUGACAGCUGCAUCUUCAGCUUUGUGUAAUCUGCUGCUGGAAUUUUCCCCUGCUAAGGAACCAAUGGUGCAGCAGGGUAUUAUCACAAUACUCGCUGAGCUGGUAACUAAACCGGAACCUUCUAUUCGUUUGAACGGCAUUUGGGCAUUGAUGAAUCUAGCAUUUCAGGCUGAACAAAGAGUAAAAUCAUCCAUAUUAAAUUCUUUGGGAACAGAUAAGGUCUUUCGAUUAUUGGAUGACCCAGACCCUAGGGUGAUAAUGAAGACGCUUGGUCUUCUCAGGAAUUUAGUGUCACCCAGGCCACACACCGAUGCCAUAAUGGCUUUGCAUGGCGUACAGAUCAUGCAAGGAAUAGUUUUUGUCUUAGAAAGCGCUCAUGCACCAGAGAUAAAAGAGCAAGCUUUGUGCAUUUUGGGUAAUAUAGCGGAUGGGGACAGAGCACGGGAUCACAUCAUGAUGAAUGAAGACAUCCUAAAAAAGGUCAUUGCUUUUAUGAGUCAUCCUGCUGUAUGCCUUCAGGAAACGUCGGUUUUUUGCAUACAAAAUUUAGCACGAAAGGGCGAACCAGGCGUUACGGAGAGACAAAAUCGGCUCAAGGAUAUGGGCGUAGUGAACAUACUACAAUCCCUUAUGGGCAACUCCAGCAGUCAAACUUUGUACAAUAGGGUCAAAGCAGCUCAUUCCCAGUUUAUGAACGAUGUUUAAAGUAAAAUUUUAUCUAUGUUUGUUGAAUGGAAAAUGAGGCAAGUUUAUGAGAAGAUUAUGAACGUUGAACUGAAUGAAAACCCUGUUUGAAGGACUUUGAACGGAAAGAACAUUUGUAAAAUAUCUUUACCAAUUUUGGAAUAUAUAUAGUGUAUUUUGUUAUUAUUUAAAUUACUUCUCCCCCUAAUAUAGUUGUUGUACUUCAAUAUGUGUAUCAACUUUUAUGUAACAAAAAUUGUACAUUCAAUAUCUCAUAGAAAAUAGUUUGAACAAUUGGAAAACUAGUGACUGACAAUUAGCGAACACUGUAGUUCUUAAUUUCACCAAAAUAAGGAACAAUUAUUUUUUAUCGGAAUUUAGUGCAUGAUAAAGACGGCUGUGUAAACAAAAAUAUGAAAAUUGAUUUUGAUUACUUUUGGAUCGUUAUUGGAGUGGAGAUUUGAUGUUGAUGGUUAUGACAAACAUGUUUUGAAAAUUUCAAGAUGAGCUGAAUAAAGAAAUAACAAGUGGACCGAA